AUGUCAUCAGUAACAAAUAAACAAAGAGUUAGUUUUGGUUAUAAACAAACAAAUCGUCAAAGAAAUAAUAUGAAAUUACCACCACAGGACUUUAACAAUUAUGACGAUGAACCGUCUAUGAAUUUUAGUCAACUAAAUAGAAAACGACCACGAGAGUCACAUAGUCCGAAGUUCAAUAAAGCAAAAAAAUUAAAACAAGAUGAUAAUAAUACAGUUAAUUCAAAUUCUUCAAAUUUUCAUGUGUUAGAAAGUGAACUUUUAAAUCAUUAUUCUACAGCAAAACAACUUGAUUCUACCUAUACAUUAAAAUGGAAACUUUGCCAAGAUCUUUUUGCAAUGUUUAUUGGAAUUGUUCCAAAUUUAGGUGUUUAUUUAGUUGGAUCAAGUGCAAAUGGAUUUGCUACUGAAGAUACUGAUGCCGAUAUAUGUAUUGUUAUUUCAUCUUAUCCUAUUGAUCAAAAACGUGAAGCAGUUAAAUUUCUUGAAAUAGUUCGACGUGCAUUACGAAAAAAAAUAUUUGCUGGUUCAUGUGAUUUAAUACGUGCUCGUGUACCUAUUCUACGAUUUACUGAUUAUGCCACUCGAUUAAGAUGUGAUGUAAACAUUAAUAACUCAACUGGUAUUCGAAAUACAGAUCUAUUACGUUUUUAUUCAGAAACAGAUGAACGAGUGGCUCCACUUGGUAUUGCAAAACCAUCAGUUGUACCUGUUUGGCAAGCGCUUUUACCAAAUCGUUUUGAUGUUAAUAUACCUGUUUCCCGAUUAAAACGAACUGAUGAACCAAAAUUAAUUUGGAGC